AUGCAAAGCUUCAAAUGCUACAAGACCAUGUUCUACAUGUUGCUUGGUCGACCCUACAUUGUCUUGGAAUAUGCUUUGUCCGCCUCACGUCUGCCCAGCUUCUUGGUGGGCGAUGUUCUCAUCCGCCAUCCAGAUUUGGCGGGGCUGGAUUCCCCCGCAGAGCUCUUUGCCGUCGACACGCCAGAGGCACAGUCUGCACCACGCUGGGGAGUCUUUUGGGCCGCUGCUUUUCGAGAUGCACCCCCAUUGCCAACCAGUGUGAGGGCUCAGUUGCCCGAAGAAGGCGGUUUCGUGGUGCGUCCCUUGACGCAACCAAUGCCCGCCUCAGUGCUCCGAGUAGAGGGCCGAUGUCUUCAAGCACCACGAAGAGAGGUUCAUGCCGAAUUGGGCUUUCCAGAGCCGGCGCUGGUCAGCAACGAGGUUCCUGGUUCUCUGAUAUUGGUGGAUCUGGACGAAUAUCGACCACACGUAUCCCUCACUUCGGGAGAACGACCAAUGCUGCGGCGCCUUGAUGUGCCAUGGCGGACCGUGCGGCCUCCGUGGACUGCUUCAAGCUGCAGAUCUUUUGCCUUCGCAGACCAUGUGGACGAAAUAUUGUUCAGGGUCAAAGGAGAUGGAGUGGAUGUGGCCAAAUUGGCUGGUGGAAUCUACCUGCGCAGCAAGCGCAAACAGGACACCUUUCUGGAAGGCAUGGGUGAUAGGAGUAUUGAGAAUUGCGUGCGUGGCCUCGUUUUGGCGAAUAAGUUUGCUGAGAAGCACAGAAAGGAAGGUGAUCCAGAGAACAUCCCCUGGUUCCAUCGCCUGGCUUUUGCGCCUCAAUUGAGGAAGCGAAGCGAUUUAUAUUGGAUCAGUCUGAAAGUGAUACCUCUGGAGAGUCCAUACCAAGAAGGCGAAGGAACACCCGGAGAUCGCUUGCGGGUGGGCAGGAAGGCUGAAGUCCAAGGCCUUGCUCGAACCUUCAUGACCUCCUGGACCAAACGAUGCCUGGGUCAGAGCCUGGAGCCUUGCGUACGCUGCAUGGGUGCAGAGAAUGUGAGCUUGGCAGUGAAGGGUUUGGCUCGAUGCCUGAAAGAUAUGAGUGACCGCAAGGGAGCCUUAAGGCUCUUCGUGUGUUACCCAGUCUUUGCCGAAGUCCGUUAUGGCCUGGCGCCCUCCGUGGUUCAGCGCCUGGACUUUGAAGAUAUUCGCGAAGGUACCCUACGCCUCUUUGCCAUCCCUGGCUUUGAAGGUGAUGUGCGGGUAGUGACUUUGGUGGACGAGUUGGCGGCCAAAGAAGUCUUGGCCCAGAUCCACCACGAACUGACAGGUGGCCUCCACCGCAAGCGACUGCUCGAGUUUCUCCAUGCCGCUGCCGCCUCGCCUGCGGCCGCCAAGUGGCCCAGCAGCUCCGAGGUGACCUCUGGUGACUUCGUGGAGAGCCUGCUGCAGAGGCCGGUAGAACCUGAGCUGCGCCACAGCAUCCCUGAGGGCGAACUGUUUCCACACCAGGUGGCGACCGUAGCCUGGAUGCAGCAGAUCGAACGCCAAGGGCGACAAAGCCUGCAGGUGGAACCCUUCCAUUUCGCCGGAGCAACUUUGGGGUCUGCCUAUGAGCUCCAACUUCCCAUGGGUGGUGUGGUGGCACACCCGCCCGGUUCAGGCAAGACGCGCAUCGUCGCCUCCCUGGCCGCGGCCAGCGAGCGCUCCGCCGCAGCCUCCCCCGGAACCGGCGCCGUCGCUGCGGCACCAGUGCCGGCGACUGAAGCUGCGCCCAGUGAGGGGCGGAGAUGGAGAUGGGAAGCCUGGCUGGCAUCUGGGGUAGGGACCACCUCAAGAAUGUUGCUGGAAAUAUGGUGGGAUGGCCGGAAAUAUGGCGGGGAUUGGUGUUGCAGUUGGACCUAA